UUAGAAUAGUUCUUCUUGAAUGCUCUGAGCUUUUAUGAGUACAUACGUACAGCUCAUAGGGUCAAUAGCUGGGAGUUGGAUUAUUGCAACUACAGAUUAGAAAUAUAAAAAAUGCGAACAAUGGAAAUACAGCCGGUUUACGACCCAAGUUUAUUUUGAUUACCUCAGUUAGACUUGUUAAACGUGUUUUGAUUGUGUUUUACUGUGUCUUUGAUAGUGUAAUGCGUCAGCUUGCAAGGGUAUGUUCCUUCCAGUCUUGUUGUGGUUCGCAGUGGGGAUACCGCCGUCUAUACAAUAUGCACUAAUCAAGAGGCAACAAGGCGCAUAUUUACCGAUAGAAUGCGCUCUAAACAGCGAUAUAUCAUUUAAAUUUACUAACAAGCAAUCUAACAAAACACAGACAAUAGCAGCAUGCAGUAUAAAUAUUAAUAGCUGUUAUUUGAGCGACAAAAUCCUGGCACAAAGUUACGCAAUUGCAAAAUCGGACGUGGGUGGAGUACUUUUUGUAAUUGACGUCAGUGAUGACACGUUUGGGACGUACACGUGUUAUGAGACUUAUAAUGCCUCGAAUUCGGCUGUCAUUAAUUUGAGUGUCGCAGAUCUACAGAAUUCAACGUAUUCCCCAACAUGUCAAAUCUUUGAAGAAUGUACUUCCUCAUUCAUCGCGCUACUGUUUGAUGGGGUACAGAUAUUACUUCUGGUUGUUUGUCUUCUCUGCAUCAUAUUCAGAGUUAAUUGCAAAUCUUUCUUUGGCAAAAGGCACUAUUCAAAAGGUGAUGAACCUCAGUUGACGAAUAUUGAAGACCAUACUUGUAGUUUAUUGAGGGACUCGUCUUUGAAUGACGAUGUUAAAGUUGAAACACGCAAGGCUGAUAUAUUCCUUUAUAAUAAAGAGAUAGAUUCACCAAGUCUACUUUCAGCUGUUGACCCACUCCCGAAGACUACGUUAACUUCCAUUCAAAUACCAAUGUUUACACAAUCGGGAAGUGUUUCUUUACUAACAGACACUCUCAUAAGGCCUAAGAACACCACACCAGAAACAGCCCUAGUUCGUAGUCCGGGCCAUCGACACCAAAGUUCUCUGGCCGGUUUACCUAGUCAAAGAUAUAAAAGUAGAUUCAAUGUAUACUAAACCGGAUAGGUAUUAUUGGUAAACUAAACGACUCAUCGUCAUUGUAUCAUUAAAACUACUUGUAUGGUAAAACUAUAAUUUCAUAAAAGCAAUUUUUAAUAUUGCCUUUUCAAAUACAAAUUUAAGUAUCAUUGACACUCAAUAAUUCAUUGUUCCAAUUUAAUUUAAACAUAUUUAUUUAAAAAAUGCACAUAUUUUUACAUAGAAUCACAUGUACAUGAAACAUUAAUACAAUAAACAUGGUUGAAUAGAAUUAGAAAGAUA